ACAAUCCCAGCAGAAGCUGCGCCCUGAUAACCCGGCGGGUCCCCGGGAGCAUCCGGCGCGGCAGGAAGGAGCCCGGCAGGAGGAAAUAUUAAAUCCCGGGAUAUAAACACGGCGGCGGGAGCGGCCCCGCCCCGGCGCGGCCCCCCUGAAAAGCGGGGUCCCGGCGGGGUGGGGCGGCCAGAGCAGGGGCGAGGAUGGAGAAGAGCAGCUUCGCCAUGGCCAAGUUCGGGCUGGAGCCCAAGCAGGCGGUGCCGAAGCGCGACUGCGGUUUUUACCUCAAGUACAUUUUCCUUUUCACCUCGCUGAUCCAGUUCCUGAUCAUCCUGGGGCUCGUGCUCUUCAUGGUGUACGGCAACGCCCAGGCGGGCACCGACACGCACCUGAGGCUGCUGGAGGAGCGCGUGCAGAGCCACUACCGCAGGAUCGUCGCCCUGGACGCCACCAACGCCAACCUGAGCCGCGUGCUCAACGCCACGCUGAAGGACAAGGACAAGCUGCAGGGGAUGGCGCUGAAGGUGCAGAGGGAGCUGGAGAAGUGUAACAGCAGCCAGGCCUCCAGCAGCAUCCCGCAGCUGCAGGAGCUCCUGUUCCGGCAGGUGAGGCUGACCGAGUGCCAGGUGAUCACCACCCUCAUCAACACCACCUGUAAUGCCGAGAAGCUGCAGCUGCAGCGGCAGCUGGACCAGGCCAGCUCGUCCAAGAAAAUCCUGGAGGAGAGCGGCCGGCAGAGCCAGGCCCAGCUGGCCAAAGCCACCCAGGAGAGGGACAGGUGCCAGGAGGAGCUGCAGAGCGCCAGGACCCAGGGCGACCUGAGCAGGAUGGAGCUGGAGGUGCAGAAACACCGCUGCAGCUCCCUCCAGAGCGACCUCGGCGAGAAGCUGCCGAGGAUCUCGGAGCUGGUGAAGCAGCUGCGCUGCGGGGAAGCCGAGGCCGAGCUGCGGCAGAUCCGGGACCGCGUGGAGGGGCUGCUCCGGCGGCAGCAGGAGCGCGACUCGCAGUUCGUCUGGAGGAGCAGCUGCGAGCUGAGCGUGCAGCAGUGCCGCCUCAACUGCUCCCGCGACGUGCAGGAGCUGCGCAGGAGCCUGCAGGGCCUGCAGCAGCGGGAGAAGGACGGCGAGGAGGAGAGGAAGAGGCUGCAGGCCGAGAAGGAGAAGGUGGCGAAGGAGCUGGAGGAGAGGAGGAAGGCGGCGGCGGCGCUGGCGGAGUCGCUGAGGGAGCAGCUCGGGGUCUGCAUGGGAACCAAGAUGUCCCAGCUGGACCUGCCGGGCUCGCGGGCGCUGGGCAGCGCCGGCCGCUCGGGCUCCUUCCCUGGCACGGGCGCCUACGUGGAGCUCCUGAGGAACCCGGCCACCCUGGGCACCAUGGGAAUGCAGAACCCAGCGGAGCUCCAGCGGAUGCUGCAGCUGAUGGAGCAGUACACGGCCACCCUGAAGAACGCCAGCGGAUAACGCUGGGAAACCCCAGGGAAAACCAGGAGAGCCGCCCAGGAGGUGCUUCCCGCAGCACGGAUGGCAACCCCCGGCCCAGGGCCACCCUCCCUGUGUCCCCGUGUCCCUGUGUCCCCGUGUCCCCGUGUCCCUGUGUCCCCGUGUCCCUGUGUCCCCAGCCCCGCCCCGCGUGUCCCCUCAGAUGUAUCCCUGCCUUUUGGCUGGAGCGGGACAACAGCCAGCCCCAAAUCUGGGGACAACUCG